AGACGCCUGAAGAACGCUCCCGCCGAGCGGCACAAGGCUGCAGACUAGACUGCACGGCGAGGCCAAUAGCACCGCAGAACGCAAGGACACAACGUCAGCGCAGUGAAGCCACCGAUAUAGUGCUGCAACGUAGCGAUCAAAUUUGCAAUCGCUGCCUGCGCCACAACGCCACAAAUUGCAAGAGAGCAGCAGAGCACAGCAGCAAGAAGCGCGACGCACAAGAAAGAUGGGCAAGCGCAAGAAGACCCCUUCGAAAAGCAGCCAGCCGUCGUCCAUCAAGAGCCAAGCCAUGACUGAUGCGAAUGCAUUAAAACUGACGCGCUGCCAUACUGAGGAAUACGACUCGCAGCUCCAACAAAAGGUCGACGCCGUCAAAGCAUUGAUACCGCAAGCAAAAGAUGCGGCCUGGGAGGUCCACGCCUCGCCGAAGACGGCGUUUCGAUUGAGGUGCAACUUUCAGGUCUGGCACGAGGCCGAGGGCGAGAAAUUACAUUAUGUCAUGUAUGAUGGAGAUAAUGAGAAGCGGACGCCGUUGCGGGUCGUCGACUUUCCGAGGGGCUGUGCGGAGACGCAGCGGCUGAUGCCUUUAGUGUUAGAUGCUCUGCGCGGGGAUGACGUGUUGCGAGAUAAAUGUCACGAGGUGCGGUUCCACACGACGCUGCGAGGGUCUUCUGUUGUGGUACUAGUGUACAACAGACCCAUUGAUAACGAUAAGAAUUGGAAGACGAAGGCCGAGAAAUUAGCUAAAGAAUUGAAAGUAGUGUUGGUCGGAAGGUCGAGCAAGUUCCGGAUUACGCUGAACGGCGACGCGCCUCGGGUACGAGAGAAAUUACGUAUAGCCGGGAAGGAUGUGAACUUGUACCAGCUCGAGGGCGAGUUCUCGCAGCCGAACGGAAGGGUUUGUGAAAAAAUGGUCACGUGGGCGGCGCGAGGCGGCGUCCGUGCGUCAUCGCCACAUAACGCCGUCGACGCGCAGGUCGAGCGCACGCAAAGCUCCAAGAACGACCUCCUCGAGUUGUAUUGUGGCAACGGCAACUUCACCAUACCUAUGUCGAGAAAUUUUCGCAAAGUCCUCGCGACGGAAGUGAGCAAGGCGAACACGGAGUGCGCCAGGGAGAACCUCACUGCUAAUCAAGUAAAAAAUGUCCAGUUCGCGCGGUUAAAUGCCAAGGAGACCGCGGACGCGCUCCAGCCCGAUGCGAGGCCGUUCAAGCGCCUCACGGAAGCUGCGGUUGAUUUGUCUUCAUUAAAACUCGAGACGCUGUUCGUCGAUCCCCCGCGCGCGGGCCUGGAGCCGGCGGCCAUUGGGUUGGCCCGUAGUUUCGACACGGUCGUCUACGUGUCAUGUAAUCCCGAGACUUUGGCGGACGAUGUCGAGCAGUUGAGCCAUACUCAUGAUAUAACGCAUGCGGCGGUCUUCGACCAGUUCCCCUACACGCGACACUGCGAGGCUGGUGUUUUGUUGAAGAAACGGUCGGGCGUCGAUCUGUCGACGGUGCCGGAGCCGCGCGCGCGGGAGAAGAAAAAAUCCAAACGCUACGCGGGCAAGCGCAAGGGCAAAGGGAAGGGUGGUGGGCAGGCGAAGAAGGGAAAGGUGGAGGAGGCAGCGAGCGGCGGGGACUCGGGGUGCGCCGUGAGCUAAGUUUCGUGCUAGGUUC